AUGGACUCGGAGGCUGACCCUGCUCCACAGUCGGCAGAGCUUCAACAAACUUUACAGUGGUUGGACCUCCCUGUCAGGCAAUUUGACAUUGCAUUGUGUGAGGCAACUUUAUCUGACAGGAUCGCUGCAUUGGAGGAGCAACUUUCCGCUCUCCAGUCGGCUCGCCAAACCUCUUUGGCCAAGCUGGAAGAGUACCGCACUUACUUUGACAGUAGUCUUUGGAGCCUUUUCGAAGGUGCCAAGAAGCAAGCCAGCAAAGAGAGUGCAGCGAUCCGUGAAGAUUUCUUUGCUGCUUUACUUGAGCUCCGCGAAGCCAACCGGAGCGUACAGACGGUGAUUCUUUUCUGGAUUCCCUUGAUUGAGACAUGGCAGAUGCUUCCGAUGAUAGAUGAUUCCAGCCCUGCUUUGACACUUUCUUCAGGUGAUGGUUCCUUUGCUGUGGUGGAGGCCACUUCGGCGUUUGAUUUGCCGGUACCAUCAUCCUGGAACACCCAAGUGGAAGCCUCGGCCUCGACCAUGCUUUCCACUGGUGGACAGGCCUUCUCCAGCGGCUACGGCGCCGUCUCGGGGACGCAAGAGACAGACCUGCUUUUCGUUCUGCUCGUGAUUACGCGGCGGCAGAUGCUUUUGCUUCCUCAGCAGAAUAUGCAUUUCCUCCAGAAUCACCCAAAGUACUGCCUGGCAAAUUCGCUUUGCCAGCCCGGCGACGUACCUACCUACGGAGGUGUGGACCUGGGUGGAGCUCGUGGUCCGAUGCCCAAUGGUGGGGAAGCCAUGAAUCGAGCUAUGGCUGAAGGCCGUGACCUACUGAACGGUGUGGUGAAUGGUGGCCCGUUUGAAGGAGUGCAGGAAGUUUGGAUGGGCUCCUUGGUGUGGAGAUGCCUACGAUGGUGGGAACCGGAACUGGAUGGUUUGCUGGCGGAAGGCAACGUGGGAGUCAAUGCAGGCCCAAUUGCCGCGGCAGUGCCUCAGUUGACUGAUCAAAGGAAUGCCUUGGUUGCAGCACUUCAGGCGAGGGCGGCAAGGAUGGUCCAGGAUGGUGUGGGGGACAGUCCUGGAGCUGUGUCAGUGGAGUCGGGAGAGAUGGUAGAGCACAACGGGGAGCAGAUGGACCCUUUGCCCAGCAAGAACAGCAACCUCGACUACUGCAGGGACUUUCUGGAACGCAUGAACAACAGCCCCGACUACCUGCAGGGAUCCCUCGUGAACAUCCAGGUUGUGCAAGAGGAGGUGAGGAGGGCGGUGCAGCAGGCUAUGCAGCAAAGAGAUCAUCGUGUCAAUGAUUUGCAGGCGGAAAAUGCGGAGCUUCGACAGCUCCUGGCGUCGAUGAUGGAAGUGAACACCGAUGUGCCGAACUUCCGCGUGGUCCUCCAGGUCUACCUCUACCAGCUCGAGGGAGAGCAAGAUCGGUGGAUCAAUGAGCCAGCUGGAAGGCGUCUGAGUGGUGGUGGCCAGAGUGAUGCCACAGGAAAGCCCCAGGGCUACCAGGAACAAGGCGCCAGUCUCGGCGCUCAGGCUGAUGGUCACCGACAAGAUGAUGGGAGGGCCCAGCCGGCCCCAAUGGACCUCCUUGCGGAGGGGAUCAAGCAGCUUCAGCAGCUGCAGCUACGACGGGACGGACAUGAUCCGGAAAUCUUGAAGGGAAGCGUGGAGCUCCCCAAGCUCCCGGAGCCCUACCAGGACCAAAGUGCCAUCGCGUUUCUUGAGUGGAUCUACGAGGUGGGACAGGUCGUGGGCUCGAUCACGGAUAAGGCGGCGGGAUGGUGGAGUGCGAACGUGGAGUUAGCGAUGGAGGCCUACCACCGAUUCCAGGCCGAGGUCCCUCUCAAGAGACUCCAUGUGCAAGCCUUGGAGAGCCCGGAGGUAGAUCCUGAGAAGUGGGCAAGAUUGGAGCGGAGAGUGAUGACUUUGUUAUUGUCAGCUAUGUCCCCUACGAUCAAGGCGGAGAUCACGAUGCUCCGGAUCAACCGUGUGAAGGAUUGCCUCUUCAAGUUGUACACCACCUUCGCUCCAUCCUGGAGGGGCGAGUGA